AUUAUUCAUCAAGUAACGACCAAAUUGGGGGAAAUCCUGUUUGAUAUUUUGACGUUUAUUUGCACUUAAAAUACUUAUCUUUCCUUUAUAUUAUGUGGCAUUAACUUCCGUGGGAAUUCGAUGAUGUCUUGUGCUAUUUUUGACGGCAUUCUGUUUUGAAUAAGCUAAUAUUUGGAGGCAGCUUUUACAAGGUAUUAGUGCGUGCUUUUAUACAGUUCAACUUCACAACCGUUGAGUGCUGAUUAUCAGAUAUAAACAGUCGAUAACUGUAGCUGUUUACGUGUGAUCGUUUGGCUAACAAGCUGUUUAAACUGUUACAGAGUUUAUAAAAUAAACAUUUGAGGGCUUCAAUUUGCGAUGUCCGGUUUGAAAAACCCAUACGAAACGCUGGUUGAUAGACUUAUCCAUGACGGCAUAAAAAUGGUUGCGGUUGAUUUUGAUUUAACAUUGGUAUCUGUUCACACAAAUGGGAGUUGGAUGUUCACAGCACGGCCAUUAGCGAGCAGAAUUCGGCCUGGCUUUCCCGAAUUUCUGAGCGAGGUCUUAAGAAAGGGUCUUUGGCUUGCCGUAGUGACAUUUUCGCCUCAAGUGGAUUUAGUAAGAGAUGUGCUGAGAACCGUUUUAUCUGAGAAAGACAUGGAAAGGAUUUGUAUACGAGGAAAUACAUCAGAUUGGAAGCCCUAUCCUAGUUGCAGAAAAGAAGGUAGGUUUGCCACUGUGGCUAGACAGAGUAUUUAUAUACACUCUCCAUAUAAUUCAGUGUGGUUUAUAUUUGGUUUAAACAUAAUGAAUUUAUAAUGUUAAACCCAAGGAGUAAAAUUGUCUGGCGUUAGACAGAGCAAUACACGCUAUUUCGUGAGAGGUGCUUUGCUGAUAUUUGCUGACAAAAUCUAUUUGUUGACACUCUGUUAAUGGGUUAAUAAGUGGCACAGGCAGAUGUUUUGGUUAAUUACCCAUUAUAGCAAAAAACACUUGCCCCCUUAUCAAGAAAUAUACAUAGCUCCCCGAUAUUGAAUUAGGUGGCUGAUAUCUGACAUAAAAAAUAAAGCUGUAUGGAGAAAGCUGUGUAUAGCAAGUAGUGAAAAACCAGAGUAACAAAACAGGUUUGAUGUCACUCGCUCACAUUGUAUUUCAUUGAACUUUAGGUAAACAGUCGCACAUUGAGUCUGCAGCAAAAUAUUUUUACAAAGCCAGCAAGAUGAAGAUCAAGCCGCAAGAAGUAUUGCUCUUUGAUGACGAUGAUGAAAAUAUUCGAGUGGCAAAGACCUAUUCCAUGAGGACAGUAAAAGUUGUCGAUAACACUACAUUGCCUAGUUUGCUUUCACGAGACAAUUUUUAGGGGAAGCACUCAGCAAUCUACACUUGACUCAUAAACAUUGAGAUUUUUGGUGUACAUAUUAUCAAACUCAGCACACUGGCAGAAUGCUGAGAAAAUAAAGUACCGGUAGCACAUUUUCAAGGGGGGAUGCUAGUCACCAAUUGGGUCAUUCCGGAAAACAUGCAUACCACCCCACAGAGGAAAGUUUACCUCCCUACCCCUUCUGAGUUUGGAUGUCCUAAUUAGCCAUUUCCCAAUUGAGCAGAGGACUGGGUCUAGUCGCUUGUUUGGAGAGACAAAAAAUAAACAAUAUACCGAAUAUGACAUCUAGGAAGUUUUCCUACAUUCCUAAAGUUAUUUGUGCAGCCUGAAAUACAACAAUUAUAAUAAGGCAUCUUUUAAUAUAUAUUUAGCUCGCUCACUAAAACUUGUUGUCCCUCCAAACAUCAACUAGACCAAGUUAUAAUUACACUUACUAUUAUCAGAAACAAAAUUUCUUCACUUCUCCCUCCAGACAGCAGAAAUUUCCUCUCUGGGGGGAAUGUGGAUCUUUGUUAACCUGAAUAUAAAUUACCUAAAUGGUAACUAGGAUUUGCCUACUUUUUUGGACUCCAGGGUAAAAUGAUUUGUAGAUUACUGUACGUUUGCACAGUAAGUUAGGGAGAUGUGCCGGAUAUUGGUAUCUGAUAUCCAAUGAAAUAUAGACAUCCACCAGUUUCCAGUAAAAUUUUGUUGAAUAUUAAUUUGGAUGCUACUGGAACUUCUGCUACUAUCUGGUAUCAUCCAAUAUCUGGCAAAACAGCAUCUGGCACAGCCUUAAUGACAAAAAGUCAGUAAAUUGAUGAAAGCAAACUCUGAUAUGACAGUCAAGACUGAAUAUUUUUAUAAUUUCGACUUAAACCCUCAUUAUUUUCUAAUUUAUUGUUAGAUUUAUAUGAUUAUGAUAUAUGAUGUUAACUUAAAUAUGUACAUAAAGCAAGCACAUCUGUAAAGCUUGUCAAUGAAGAUUUCAUAGUCAUGAAAUAAUCAAUAUGGCAAAAGGCUAUUGUUUAAGUUUUUUUGGUGAUGAGAUUUAAGCAAGAAGGUAAAAAUUGAGCUUUGCAGCAGCAAGACGGUCAGAAGUUUUUUGGGCAAAAUUAAAUGCACCCUUCCCCCAAUAUUUUGUGAAAUGUUCGCUACUGCUUCACUAGCUCGGCAUAACAUUUUAAACAACAGAGUUCUGGACCGGUUAUUCAAUAGCCAGUUGGAUUACUCCUAG